AUGAAUCAGAUGGCACGCCAUUCAGUAUGUCAUCAGCCUCGAAGGCCCCUGAAGGACAAUAACCCACAGAGAAGACUGCUGUGCCAGAGGGCUUCCCCACCAGACGGAGAGUACAGCAAGGUGAAAUGCAAGAACUGUGGAGCCUUUGGGCACUUGGCCAAAAGCAAGAGGUGCCCCAUGAAGUCCUGGGGCGGGGCCAUUCCCUUACUGGCCUGGGGUCGCAAUCAGGAGAAGGAGAACCUGAAACCCAAGAAACCUGACGAACUUCAGCCUGCAGAAUCCUUGAGGAAGACUGAGAGACAAGAGGCAGGAACUCACAGGCAUGAAGGGCAGCAGAGGAAAACUGGACCACAGGCAACACAGGGGAGGCCACAGAAGGAGCCGAAGAACUCUGAGGCAGCAACAGAACCAUGUGCCUAUCUGAGGCAUCCUACUAGACCGUUGCCUGUGCAAACAUCCAAGAGGAAGUCGCCCCUCGGCUCUGCACUGCCAUGUCCACUGCCUAGUGAGACACCUUAUAGAUCACGCUGCACUACUGAGGCUCCAAACAAAACACCUCAGCUGAGCACUGACAGCCCAGCCCAAGGAUCUGGGGUCAACUUUGCUGACUCCCCUCACCAUGUUCUAAAGAAAUUCACCCCAGGCCCAGCUGGCAGUGCCAAGCCAACAGCCAAAGGGCCUGAUGUUUCCUCUCGUGACACUCUUCAACCUGCCAGGAAGACACCUACCCUGGGUCACAGGUCUAAUCCACAGGUGCAGAUCAAAGUUGCGGAGGUGGAUUCAAAGUUGCCUCCACAGCCAGUCACAGAAAAUUGUGUCCAGAACUCCAAACUCAGCACCCAGGCUCCAGGCAAGAGGUCUGCCCAAGACUCCAUCCAGACCAGCCAGAACCGCCCCAAGAAGCCAAGACUCCUGGUUUCCCAACCUCUCUCCAGUACAAGUGGACCUGCACACUCUCGGGCACCCCAAGGGUCCACAAAGACGCCAGUCCUGAAGCCAAUUUCUGACCCUCAGCCUCCAUCUAACUCACAUUGCUCAAGCUCAGGCCAGAACUUCCCAAUCUUCCAACCUCGAGUGUCCAGUCAUGUUCCAGACCCGACACAGAGAAUCGGCCCCAAGAAACAGGACAGUGCCAGGUCCAGAACCCCUCCCGCAUCCAAUCCAGGGAAGUCUACAGCUGCUCGUCAGAACACUCACGUCUUAAAGGAGUCUGAGAGGCAGGGUCCCCAGGUCACAAGGAGUGUCCUCUAUGAGGAUCUUCUGGUCUCUUCCUCCUCUGAUGACAGUGACUGA